AUGGAUGUUCUCUAUUCAUUAUUGGAUGUUGAUAAUCAACGGCUUGAUACGAUAGUACAAGAAAAAACAUUCACUAAUACUCUCAAUUUUGUAUUAACAACGAUAAUUGAUGAUGUUUUGUCGAUUGCUGAUUCAAUACUUGAUCGAUUUUGCAUUAGUAUACUUCCAAAAAUUAAUUAUAAUGUUAAAUCAUUUAUUCUUGAAUCAGAAUCUAUGGAACGUAUUCUUCUUGCUACUGAUUAUCCUAAUCUAACGGAACUUAAACUCUACAAUGUUAACGAUCAUAUUGUUUCACAUUAUUUUACAGAUGAAUCACCAUUUCGUCGUAUUUUUCAAGAACAAAUUACCGAUCUUAUUCUUGUAUAUCACAGAGAUACUGACAUGCUACUAAUGAAUCCUAACACAGAAUAUGUGUAUGAAUAUACGCUGAAACUUUUUGAAAAUUUAAAACACUUCUCUCUAAUUGGAUGUGUUCAACUUUUAUCUAUUGAUGAUUUAGCUUCGACUACGUGGUUGUCAUUAAAUCUUAACAAAUUAUGUGUUCAUGUUUGUGGCUUUGAAGAUUGUCUUGCUUUACUUGAUGGUCGUCUCAAACAAUUGACUACAUUUAUUGUUAACAUUGAUUGUCCGGAAGAUGAUUUGUCAACUAUUUACAAUAUAGAUGAUCUACCUAAUAUGAAAUGUUUCUCAUUAACAUGUCGUUGUCCAACUAGUGAAUAUGAUACUCGAGUUUUGCCUCUUCUUCGUCGUAUGAGAAAACUUGAAGAAUUAACUUUGAAUAUUAUUAACGACGAACGAACUACAUUUAUCGAUGGUACUCAAAUUAAUGAUAAAUUUCUUGUACAUAUCUCAUGUCUUCGUAAAUUUAUUUUUCAUAUCAGUGUUGAAGUUGAAUUACAUCAUUUAACUCAUUAUUCAUUGAAUGAAGAUAUUCAACGAACUUUUAUCAACAUAGAAUAUCAACAAGUAUGCUGUAUACUAAACUACAACAUUGGUAGUGUCAUAUGUCAUGUUUUUUCACUACCGUUCGCGUUUGAUUAUCUCGACGAUAUUGGCAAUACAUUUCCACCAAUAGACUUCAGUCGUGUUAGAGAUAUUCAAACACUUGUCUAUAGAUGUAAGACUAAAAUUAGUCUUUCAUCGAAUGAAGAUAUUCAACGUAGUUUCGAUGGAAGAGGAUACCAACAAGUUGGUUCAUAUGUAGAUAUUAAUUCACAUAUUAUCGAAGCUAAAUGUCAUAUCUAUUCACUACCAUAUGGAUUUGAAUAUUUACCUGAAAUCAAUAAUUCUUUUCCAGGAGGCAUGUUUCAUACAGUUCGAUACUUGAUAAUGAUUGAUGGACAUUCUUUUGAACAUAAAUUCUUUCAACUAAUAUCUCAUGAUUUACCUUUUCUUGAAAUGUUAGAUGUACAUAAUAGUAAACCACAAAAGGACAAGCAAUAUUCAUCUACAACAUUGAUUACAUUUUCUCAUCUUAAACUGCUUAAUCUAAAAUCGGCACAUAUAGAUUAUGCUGAACAAUUUCUCUUCACAAAAAUUACUCAUCUACCUCGUUUAUUAAAUCUUUGCAUCGGUUAUGAAUCACUCACAAUGAUUACAAAGAAUUUUACCAUUAAUACAAAAUGUUUGAAUUUCAGUAAAUUAAACGAUCUUGAUCUAGAUGGAUCGUUUCCUCGUCCAGAAAAUUUUCAUCAAUAUUUUCCAUUAUUAUAA